CAGCGUUGCCAUGGCGACGGUCAUAUAAGCAUGCGCCCGCGCCGCUUGCUCGCAGUCGCGCGCCACGUUAGCGCAUUGUACGUACACGAUUUAGUUUAAGCCGCAACCAGCAGCACCAACACCAUGCUGCGUUUGUCAACGUUUUGCAUGUUACUGGCUCUUGCAGUAGCGCAGAAUGGGUAUGAAUACAACAAGCCUGGCCAACCAUUUGGUUCAGGGACAACUCCAAACAGACCAGGAUACUCAGGUGGCUCUAGUGGCUACCCUAGUUCACCUACUACUCCGUCAUACCCUACUAGACCCCAGAAUGACGAAUAUUCUGGAUCUCCUGGAUCCGCGUCGACACCUGGUUUUCCAUCUGGCCCUACAGGAUACCCAUCCGGCCCCAAUCAGGGCUAUCCUGGAUCUGACAAUCAACGCCCACAAAUGGGUUACCCCACUCAAGGAUCUUCAUACCCUGGACAAGGACCAAGUGGACCAUCUGGUGGAUAUCCUGGAUCUCAAAACUACCAAGGACAAGGCUAUCCUGGUCAAUCUGGCUCAACACCAAGUGGACCUGGAUCUGGAUUUGGACCCGGUGGAUUUCCUGGUGGAUCUAACGCUGGUGGAUUCCCAGGUAGCCCGGGCAGUUCUGGAUUUCCUGGUACUGGAUUUGGACCUGGAGGUUCUGGUGGCCCUAGUCGGCCUUCUGGUCCUGGUUUUCCUGGUUCAGGACCUCAAGGCUUCGGAGGGUCUGAUGAUGAUGGUACUUAUGAAAACGGUGACUACUCAGCUAUUCCCGGAACACCUGAUGUGGAUUAUCCUAUCCUAACAGAGAUCCCUGAAACGUCGUUUAGAUGUGAUGCUCAACCAUACCCUGGCUAUUAUGCUGAUGUUGAAACUCGCUGUCAAGUGUUCCAUGUCUGUGCCAAUAACAGAACUUAUGAUUUUCUUUGCCCAAAUGGAACUAUUUUCUCACAAGAAGUUUUUGUCUGCGUCUGGUGGAACCAAUUUGAUUGCAACUCUGCCCCAGGCCUAUUUGAAUUGAACGCUAAUCUAUACGACUACUCCAUAACUGGAUCAUCCCAAAGUGGUUUCCCUGGCUCGAAUGACUACUCACAAGGAUCUUAUCCUGGACAAUCGGGACAGCCUGGAAGUACAGGCCAGUAUCCUGAUAACACUGGAUCUUACCCAGGUUCAGGACCACAAGGCCCAUCUUCAGGUUAUCCAGGAAGCCAAGGCUCUCCAGGAUCAUCAACUGGAUAUCCAGGAUCAGGCUCUAAUGCUCCAUCCGGUGGUUACCCUGGAAGUCAAGGUCCAUCAGGUGGAUACCCAGGAAGCUCGGGACCUCAAGGUCCAUCAGCUGGAUAUCCUGGUAGCUCAGGACCACAAGGUCCAUCAACAGGCUACCCCGGUAGCCCCGGUUCGCAAACUCCAUCAGGCCUAUACCAAGGUAGCACAGGCCCCUCAUCAUCUUACCCCGGCAGUUCAGGACCCCAAGGACCAUCUUCUGGUUACCCUGGAAGCUCUCGACCUCAAGGAACAUCUUCGUAUCCUGGAAAUGCGGGAUCACAAGGUUCAACACCAUACCCAGGCAGCACUAGACCACAAGGCCCAUCGUCGUCAUACCCUGGGAGUCAAGGAUCUCAAAACCAAGGUUAUCCAGGAUCACAGGGUAGCUCAAGCUAUCCCGGUUCUGGUUCAGGAGGAAGUCAAGGUUACCCGUCAGGCAAACCAAGUGGCCCUAGCUUCCCGUCUGGAAGCGGUAGACCACAAGGUUCCAAUGCACCGAAACCUAACAGAGAAUACCUACCACCUAGAAAUUAAAUCACAGUCUCGUUGAUGACUAGAAAAGACCAGUAUUGAAAGACUUAGAUUAAUUUUAUUAUUAAGGUAUUUCCUGUAGGUUUAACGAGAAAAGUUACUGUAGAAGCCAGUAAGUGUAACGUUAACAAACGAAAUUGUUGGUGCUGUCAUGUCUUAAACUAAUAUCAACUAAACUUUGCCUAUUUAUUCAACUCAUCUAUUAUUAUAAGUCCAUAGUAUUACUGUAUGUUUUUACUUUCUGCUUUACUUAAAGUAAGUUUUUAUUUGUUACAAUUUCGAUGGUGAUUACGAUGAAAGAAGCCUAAUGUGAUUUUAAAGAAACUUUUAGUUACCAAAU